AUGCCUGAGGCAAAGAGUUAUAACCUGCAAUGGUUGCAGAUUCUGCUGAAAACGGCGAUAUUUUUAGCGAUCACUGGAGCAGCUGUUUCGUCGAGGUUGUUUUCAGUGAUCCGUUUCGAAUCUAUCAUUCACGAAUUUGACCCAUGGUUCAAUUUCCGUGCAACGAAAUACCUGGUAUCGAACGGGUUUUACAAGUUUCUCAAUUACUUUGAUGAUAGGACAUGGUAUCCCCUGGGCAGAGUCACGGGUGGUACCUUGUAUCCGGGACUGAUGACGACCUCUGCUGCAAUUUGGCACGCGUUGCGCCACAUUGGGCUCCCAAUCGACAUUAGGAACAUCUGUGUUUUGUUCGCGCCUGCAUUUUCAGGUAUAACAGCAUGGGCAACCUACCACUUUACGUGUGAGAUUAAGGAUAGCAGUGCAGGUUUGCUUGCUGCCGCGUUCAUCGCCAUUGCGCCAGGUUAUAUUUCGCGUUCAGUGGCGGGAUCCUACGAUAAUGAGGCCAUAGCUAUCACAUUGUUGAUGGUUACUUUCAUGUUUUGGAUUAAGGCUAUGAAAACAGGUUCCAUUAUGCAUUCAACAUUCGCUGCCCUAUUCUACUUCUACAUGGUGUCUGCCUGGGGUGGUUACGUGUUCAUUACGAACUUGAUUCCAUUGCACGUGUUUAUCCUUCUGCUAAUGGGCCGCUACUCAACCAAGCUGUAUUCUGCAUAUACGACUUGGUAUGCCAUCGGUACAAUUGCUUCAAUGCAGAUUCCAUUCGUGGGAUUUUUGCCUAUUAGAUCUAACGAUCAUAUGGCUGCGUUAGGUGUCUUUGGCUUGAUUCAAAUUGUGGCUCUUGGUAGUUUCGUCAAGUCACAAGUAUCAUGGGAAAAAUUCAAAACUGUCAUGGUGUUGUCAUUACUGCUACUUAUCGCUGUUGGUGUCAGCGGUUUGUUUGUGCUAACUUAUUUCGGCUAUAUCGCACCUUGGACCGGAAGAUUCUAUUCAUUGUGGGACACCAAUUAUGCCAAGAUUCAUAUUCCAAUCAUCGCCUCUGUAUCUGAGCAUCAGCCUACUGCCUGGCCUUCUUUUUUCUUUGAUACGCAGUUCCUUAUCUGGCUCUUCCCUGCUGGUGUUUUCUUGCUGUUUUUGGAACUUAAAGACGAACAUGUCUUUGUUAUUGCAUACUCCGUAUUGUGUUCCUAUUUUGCAGGUGUUAUGGUAAGACUAAUGCUAACUUUGACACCAAUUAUUUGCGUAUGUGCCGCUGUGACUGUCUCCAAGCUAUUUGAUGAGUAUUUGGACUUUUCUUUCCUAUGCAAAAAGGGGUCUUCAGAGGGAGUUUCGCUCAGGGACCGCACUUUGACAUUCAUAACUAGGGUAACCGUUUGCGGCUCCAUGCUUUUCUACCUAUACUUGUUUGUGUACCACUGUACUUGGGUGACAUCAAAUGCUUACUCUUCCCCAUCCGUCGUUUUGCCAUCUAGAAACCCAGAUGGUUCCCCCGCGUUGAUUGACGACUUCCGCGAAGCAUACUACUGGUUGCGUAUGAAUACCGCCGAGGAUGCUAAAGUUGCAGCCUGGUGGGAUUAUGGUUACCAAAUUGGUGGCAUGGCUGAUAGAACUACUUUGGUUGACAACAACACUUGGAAUAACACCCAUAUUGCCAUUGUUGGCAAAGCAAUGUCUUCUCCACAAGAUAAAGCCUAUGAAAUUCUAAAGGCACAUGACGUCGACUAUGUUCUUGUCAUUUACGGUGGUCUAAUCGGAUUCUCUGGUGAUGAUUUGAACAAAUUCUUGUGGAUGGUCCGUAUAUCUGAAGGUAUAUGGCCUGAAGAGAUCAAGGAACGUGAUUAUUUCACACCCAAUGGAGAAUACCGUAUGGAUGCUGCCGCAUCUCAAACAAUGAAAGAUAGUCUCAUGUACAAAUUGUCGUACUACCGCUUCCCAUCCUUAUUUAACGGCGUAGAGGGCGUCGAUCGUAUUCGUAACCAAAGAAUUAGACAAGAAGACAUUGGCGAACUUGAUUACUUCGAAGAAGUCUUUACUUCCGAAAAUUGGAUUGUUAGACUUUACAAGCUAAAAAAUCCUGACCACUUGGGAAGAGAUCUACGUGCGGUUGGUGAUUUUGACAGAAAUACUGUCAAAGGGUUGAAGAAACGCUCAGUCAAGAAACCUAACUUGGAUCCCAGAGUCUAG